GUGUGUCAGUCUUCCGUCAUUGGCUCGCACUCGUUGACGGUCAAAGGCGACAAAGGGCGGGGCCUGUGUGGGAGUCAUUUCCUAAACUUCCCCGUUAUUAUGAAAACAGACGAUCGGUCGGGCAGGGGACGAUUUGUAUGAUCGGGAUGCAGGUAUACAGGGCCUUUAUGACUUGCUGAGAGGCCGAGCCAUGUUAUGCUGGGGGCAUUCUGAUUUUGGACAACUUGGAAUACAUCAUGGGUCCAUAAGUUUUAUCCUAGAGCCCGUGGCUUCCACUUUUUCUCUGGCCAAGUGUGUCCAACAGGUGGCAUGUGGGGAGCAUCAUUCUGUCUUCCUGCUAGAUGAUGGUCGAGUUUAUAGCUGCGGUAGGAACAGUGCUGGCCAGCUCGGACAUGAUCAGCAUGAUAAGGAGCCAGGUCAUGUGAAUGCAUUGGCAAGUGAACGUAUAGUCCAUGUUGCAUGUGGCCGAUCCUAUAGUGUGGCACUCAAUAACCUAGAUGGCCAGUUGUUUACAUGGGGACAGAAUAGUCAUGGUCAGCUGGGUCUUGGAGAGGGGUUGACCUCCCAGUCUAGCCCACAGCGAGUGAAGUCCUUGGAAGGAAUACCGCUGGCUCAAGUGACGGCAGGAGGCUUCCACAGUUUUGCCUUGUCCCUUUCUGGAGCUGUGUUUGGCUGGGGAAAGAACAGCUCAGGGCAGCUUGGUCUGAAUGACGAUAAAGUCCGUGAAUCACCAUCCCAUGUAAAGGCUUUGCGUUCGCAGAAAGUUGUAUACAUCAGCUGUGGGGAAGAGCAUACAGCUGUCCUAACAAAGACUGGUGGUCUUUUUACCUUUGGAUCUGGAGGCUGCGGGCAGCUGGGGCAUGAUUCUCUUCAUAAUGAGAUCAAUCCCAGGCAUAUAAUGGAACUGAUGGGCAGUGAGGUAUCUCAGAUUGCAUGUGGCAGACAGCACACCAUUGCCUAUGUGCCUUCUUCUGGACUCCUCUAUGCAUUUGGAUGUGGAGAACAUGGUCAGCUUGGCACCGGGCACACAAAUAAUGUCAUCUGCCCUACUGUGGUUAUAGGGAAGCGGACCACGCACUGCAUUAAACUUCCACCCACAGUCGAUCAAUCUUCAUACAAUAUUAUCAAGCACAUUUUCUGUGGAUGGGACAAAACAUUUGUACGCUGCUCAAAGCCAGAUAAGCCCGAGCCUGUUGAGGACUUUCGCUCUUGCCAGAACAAAAAUUACACCAGCCGCAUCAAUGAUGAAACGAUCGAUGACUGGAGGCAGAAAGUCGUGGAAAAUAGUAAUUCCAACACCAUGAAUGGCAUAGUACAAACACUUUCUUCCUCAGCCUGCUGGAAUGGAAGUUUCCUGGAAAAGAAAAAUGAUGAGCAUUUUAAAACAAGCCCCAGGAUCCCAGGGAUUGACAUGUUGUCCAUUAAAUUCCUCUUUGAGAAGCUGAUGAACACCCAGCAUUCGAGGCUACUAGAGCAGAUUCACAAGGGCUUUGAAAGUUUUUUAAUACCACAGCUUUCCAGCUCUCCGCCAGAUGUAGAAGCAAUGCGUAUUUACCUCAUACUUCCAGAAUUUCCUUUGCUGCAGGACUCAAAGUAUUACAUAACACUGACCCUGCCAUUAGCCAUGGCAGUCUUAAGGCUGGAUACCAACCCAAGCAAAGUGCUAGAUAACUGGUGGUCCCAGGUUUGCCCGAACUACUUCUUCAGAUUAAUUGACCUUUAUAAAGGAGCGGUGGUCUAUCUUCUGAAUGGACGAAAGACUUUGCUGAUCCCUGUGCUGUUUACAAGCUACAUCACUGCUGCUCUCAGACUGCUGGAAAAGCUACACAAGGUGAAUGUGAAGGUGCGACACGUGGAGUAUGACCAGUUCUAUAUCCCGGAGAUAUCAAGCUUGGUGGACAUCCAAGAAGAUUACCUCAAGUGGUUCCUGAACCAAGCAGGACUGAAGGUGCGUGCUUCCAUUAUGCAGGAUUCAGUGACCCUCUGUUCUUAUCCGUUUGUGUUUGAUGCUCAAGCCAAGACCAAAAUGUUACAGACGGAUGCUGAAUUGCAGAUGCAGGUGGCAGUGAAUGGAGCUAACCUACAAAAUGUGUUCACAAUGAUGUCUCUGGAGCCCAUUCUGACCAAGAACCCCUUCCUGGUGCUACACGUAAGGAGGACCAGCUUGGUAGCUGACGCCCUGAGGGAGCUGAGUAUCCACUCUGACAUAGAUUUAAAGAAGCCUUUAAAGGUGAUAUUUGAUGGCGAAGAGGCUGUGGAUGAUGGAGGAGUUAGUAAAGAAUUCUUUCUGUUGCUCCUCAAAGAACUCCUGAACCCCAUCUAUGGAAUGUUUACAGUCUAUCCAGAAUCCAACCUGCUUUGGUUUUCAGACAUAUGUUUUGUAGAGCACAACUGGUUCCACCUGAUUGGCAUCAUGUGUGGUUUAGCCAUCUAUAAUUUCACAGUAGUUGAUCUUCAUUUCCCAUUGGUGUUGUAUAAGAAGCUCCUGAAUGUUCCAGCAAGUUUAGAGGACCUCAAGGAGUUGUCACCCACAGAAGGAAGGAGCCUACAACAUCUUCUAGACUAUCCUGGAGAAGAUGUUGAGGAAACUUUCUGCCUUAACUUCACAAUAUGUCGGGAAAGUUACGGCCUGACUGAACUGAAACCCCUGGUGCCUGGAGGAGAGAAAAUGACUGUAAAGAAAGACAACAGGCAGGAGUUUGUUGACGCUUAUGUCAACUAUGUCUUUAACCAGUCAGUGCAGGAAUGGUAUGAGGCAUUCUCUACGGGAUUCCUUAAAGUCUGUGGCGGGAAGGUGCUAGAGCUGUUCCAGCCAUCUGAACUAAGGGCCAUGGUUGUUGGGAGCAGCAACUAUAACUGGCAGGAACUGGAAGAGAAUGCGAUCUACAAGGAUGACUUCUCUGCAGAGCACCCAACUGUGAAAAUGUUCUGGGAAACAUUCCAUGAAUUCCCUCUGGAGAAAAAGAAGAAGUUUCUGUUGUUUCUCACCGGCAGUGACCGUAUCCCUAUCUAUGGCAUGUCCAGCCUACAUAUCAUCAUCCAGCCUACAUCCAGCAGUGAAGACUUCUUGCCUGUGGCUCACACAUGCUACAACCUGCUGGACCUGCCCAAGUACAGCAGCAAAGAAACCCUCAGGAAAAGACUCAAUCAAGCCAUAGACAAUUAUGAGGGCUUCAGCCUAGCUUAAGAAAUAGUCCUUUUGUUCCUGAGCUUCCCUCAAUCUAAAUGCACUUUACCUCUUAUGGGCUUAUUUAAUAUUAAUGUAAAAUACACUCAACGUUGUAUACAUUUAAAUGAAAUUCUCCAGUUUCUAUUUUUGUAAAGGAACCAAAAUGUAAAGGAAACCCAUAUGGGAAAUGUUUCUUUGUUGUUUUCUUGAAAUUUCCAAUGUUUUCACCUUUUUUAUGAUUCUGUUGCCUCUCUUAUUGCUUUAAUCCUAUUUCUUGAUAGUACAAUACAGAACACAGGCAGAUUCAGAGACGACUGGGUAAUAUGCAGGUAACUUU